UGAAAUUUUAUUUAAAUUUACUUUUUUUAAACUUUAUACUUUCAACUGUUUCACCGAAAUUGUCUUCUUUUGUUGUUCAUUCGUUAUUAUUAAAAACAUUAAUUUUUUUAAGAAGAGAUAACAAUGUCAUAAACUUCUCAGCAGUGUACUGUAGUAUUUUGUAUUUCUUUUACAACAUUGAUAUUAUUUUAAAAGUCGUAAGAACGUCAAUUUUAAUAAGUGUUUACCAAGAUGCCGGUCAAAUUGGUCGGAAGGACGACGGAUUUUUCUGGGAAAACCCUCUGGGAAAUCCUCGGGAACUUGAAGAACUUCGGCGUCGGGAGGUUGGUGAAGAGGAACAUUAUGGAUAGAUAUCCGGAGCCGUCUUACUUCAAAGUGCUCAAAGUCGAAACCGACCAAGUCAGGGAAGGGCAAGACAGGAAAAUCUGGGCAUAUGUCGAAAAAGUGUUCAGGGGUCGAAAGUAUCCCAAAGUUGUCGAACUCUACAGUUCGACUUACAAAGCGGACUACCGUCUUGUGCCUAGAUGCGAAGAGCAAGCUUUGCUUGACCGAGUCGCAGCGUGCAAAGUCGAGGAGCGCAUCCUGCCCAAGACAAUACAAUUUCCACCUCUGCUCGAGUAUUUUCUCAUGGAAGAGAAGAAGAGCCAAGGCCAGCCUGUCGUCUUGCCUCAGCUAGAAUUAAAAAUCAAACCGGGCCGAGAUAGAGUAUACAGGAAAGCUGAGGACAACGAGAGUCCGACGGUUGAGUUUCAGUCCUCCAAACAGAAAACUCUUUAAAAACAUUGUAAAUAAUAUAGACUUUUCAUUAAUUGUU